AUGGUUUGCGAAAAGUGCGAAGCGAAGUUAACGAAAGUGUCGGCCCCAAAUCCCUGGAAAACUAGCACCGCUCCAGCCGGUGGACGCAAGAUAAAUGAAAACAAAGCCCUAUCCUCUGCCCGGGACCGAUACAAUCCCAUGGGCACGACCCUGGCACCUUGCCGUCCUCUGACUGCUGGUCAUUUCCGCAUUUGCCGACAAAAGGUCCACCAGAUGGGAACCCACUACUGCCAGGCGUGCGCCUACAAAAAGGCCAUAUGCGCCAUGUGCGGCAAGAAGAUUCUAAACACAAAGAACUACAAGCAGAGCUCAACGUGA